UUCCACUCUUUCCAUGCAGUGAUUCGAGCCAAGGCCAUUGUGGGUAAAGAAGUGGACAGCGGGAAUGAUGUCUAUGGGAAUCCCAUCAAAAGGAUCCAGUAUGAAAUCAAACAGAUUAAGAUGUUCAAGGGCCCCGCCGUUGACAUCCAGUAUAUAUACACAGCUUCUUCUUCCGCAGUGUGUGGAGUGACACUGGAGACGGGAGGCAAAAAAGAGUAUCUGAUUGCAGGUAAAGCAGAGGGGACCGGGAAAAUGCACAUCACACUGUGUGACUUCGUGUGGCCAUGGGAGUCCCUCACCCAAACCCAGAAGAAGAGUCUGAACCAGAGAUAUGAGAUGGGCUGUGAGUGUAAGAUCUCACGCUGCCCUUCCAUCCCCUGCUAUGUCAGCUCCCAAGAUGAAUGUCUCUGGACAGACUGGAUGACGGAGAAGAGCAUACACGGGCGGCAGGCCAAGCACUACGCCUGCAUCAAGCGCAGCGACGGAUCGUGCUCUUGGUACCGGGGCACAGCCCCCCCGAAACAGGAGUUCCUCGACAUAGAGGACCCCUAA